GUGACGUUGUUCACAUCAGGUAAAAAUAGAGCAGAGAAGAAUGAUACUUGUUAAUGUUCAAUAGCAAAUUCUAUGGUCCAUUGACUUAAGUAUUAAGUACAAACAUGAUAGAUUACUUGACAAAUUAAUGCAUAUUUAAUUUGACAGUUUAAAUCGUAUGGCAAACAUAAAAAUUGACGAUAAGCAAAAAGACUUCAUCUGUGUCUACUUUCAAUUUCUUUAAACAACAGUCAACAGACAACAACAGCCACUGAAAGGUCAAGCAUUUGGUAUUUGGUCAGAUUUGAAAAUUAGAUGUUUUAGGGUGAAAAAAGAUGAAAUUCGCUGAACAUCUUGGUGCUCAUAUAACCCCAGAAUGGAGGAAGCAAUACAUACAAUAUGAGGCCUUAAAAGAUUUAAUUUAUGAAGCUUCUGAGCAGUCUCCAUCUACAGAAGGGUUAUUGUAUUCGGUUGCUGAUGCCAGUACAUUACAGAGAUACUAUGCAAGAUUUGAUGAAAGAUUCUUUCAGUUUUGUGACAAAGAAUUGUCUAAAAUCAACACUUUCUUCUAUGAAAAAAUAUCAGAAGCCAAUAGGAAAUUUGCUAGCUUAAGAGCAGAGCUUGAUGCAUUUCUGGAACAUGCACAUAAACCCCAUGGACUACGAAGGAGGAAAUCAAAUGCUGUUUAUUCCUUGUUUAAGGAUAAAGAAAACAGAGAGACUGCACAGAUACACACCAGAAAACUCCAUGAUCUGAAGCUAGCAUUCAGUGAAUUUUACCUUAGUUUAAUUCUUCUACAGAAUUAUCAGUCUCUGAACUUCACAGGCUUUAGAAAGAUCUUAAAGAAACAUGAUAAAAUAAUGGUAACAACUAGAGGAGUAGAAUGGAGACAACAGAAUGUAGAAACAGCACCAUUUUAUACCAACAAGGAAGUAGACCACCUGAUUAAAGAGACAGAGCAAAGUGUGACAUCUGACUUAGAAGGAGGAAAUAGAUCGAAAGCUAUGAAAAGACUGAGAGUACCUCCAUUAGGAGAAAAGCAAAACCCAAUGACAAUGUGUAGAGUUGGUCUGUUUUUUGGAAUGUUUAUUGUUCUCGUUAUUGUUGUGGUAAUAACAGCAUUUUUUACCAAUCAUUCCGGGAAUUGGGAGCCAGCGUUGAGAAUGUUCCGUGGAAUGUUCCUGAUUAUUAUGAUGAUCUGUUUCUUAGGUAUAAACACUUAUGGCUGGAGGUCAUCAGGGGUCAAUCAUGUACUGAUAUUUGAAAUUGAUCCACGUCGCCAUCUGUCACCACAUCAGUUGUUAGAGUUAGCUGCAGCAUUAGCAGUAGUAUGGACAUUGUGUUUGCUAGGCUAUUUAUUCAGUAAUCAUCUAGGAUGGCCACCAUUUAUUUUUCCAUUGAUAAUGGCAGGGUUCUUGUUUUUGUUCCUGGUUAAUCCUAUACAUAUAUUUCACCAUAGUUCCAGAUAUUGGUUACUCUCUGUUUUGUUUCGUAUUGUAACUUCACCAUUCCACCACGUUGGUUUUGCUGACUUCUGGCUUGCUGACCAGUUAAACAGUCUUGCUAUUGUGUUGUUAGAUUUUGAAUAUUUUGUAUGUUUCUAUGCCUUUGAAGUAGAAUGGCAUGGACCAAAUAGACCAGAAGUAUGUACAAUGUCAAAGUUUGGCAUCAGAUCCAUUGUUAGUACUUUACCUGCCUGGUUCAGAUUUGCUCAAUGUCUGAGACGUUACAGAGACACAAAGAUGGCAUUUCCCCAUCUUGUCAAUGCAGGAAAAUAUUCUACAACAUUCUUUGUUGUACUGUUUUCUGGGCUUUAUUCUUCAACUUUGGAGUGGCAGGGUAAAGAAUACAAACAAAACCAUGCUUUCUUUUACCUGUGGAUUGUAGCAGCCGUGAUAUCUUCCUGUUAUACAUUGACUUGGGAUCUGAAAAUGGAUUGGGGUAUACUAGAUAGAAAUGCUGGAGAAAACAGAUUUCUUAGAGAAGAAAUAGUAUAUGCUUCCAAGGGUUACUAUUAUUUUGCCAUAGUUGAAGAUUUUAUUUUGAGAUUUGUAUGGACACUGACGGUGUCAGUUGGAGAAAAUCCAUAUUUUGAACACAAAGAAGUAUUAGUAACGCUAUUAGCCUCAUUAGAACUUUUCAGACGAUUUGUAUGGAAUUUUUUCCGUCUUGAAAAUGAACAUUUGAACAAUUGUGGACAGUUCCGAGCUGUAAGAGAUAUAUCUAUAGCACCAAUAGAUUCUAAUGAUCAGAACCAGCUCGAGGAGAUGAUGGACGAUGAAGAUGGAGAUUAUCCAAGAACUAGUGAAAGAAGAAGGUUAUUAGGUGCAAAAAUUGCUUAAAGGCUGCUUUUUGUAAAGACUAUAAAUAUGUACCACGAUCAAACAAGAAAGAAAAAGGCUGGAUUGAUGAAGAUAAUCAAACUAAGCUGAAGACUCUACCGAUGAAAUUCAAAGGUGUUUGACAUGAUGUGCCUCAGGGACAUUAUAUAGGAAUAGAUUUCUUAAAAACUUAUGUCCCUUACAACAGGAACAAUUACGCUGUUACAUCUGUGUACUAGAUAAUGUUUUUAAAGUAUGAACAUUUUUUUGAUCUAAAUCUAAAGCUUUAACCUGUAUAAUGUGUACCUAUGUUGGUAUAAAUCAUAUACUGUAAACCAACUUACUUUCACUUUCAGACCUUUUAGCUUAUUUAGCGGUGAUUUAUAUUCAGGAUUUUCUAACUUUGUUUGUGUAUUCAUAAUAGAGAAGAUCUUCAGACUUUAUAUAUCCACAUCAUUUUCUACAAACAAAAAACAUAAAUCGCUAGAAAUGAUAUGUUGGUUUACAGUCAUGAUGUCAAAUAGGUAAUGCAAUUUUGGCUCUAUUUAAUACUGAUUCAUUAACACAGAGCAUAAAAACAGUUUUAUAUGUAAAUAUGUAAUUCUGACUUAUUUUAAAUAAUAGGUCAAAUUUCGUUUGGUAAUAUGUGUUUUUACAAAUUUCAAGUCAUUUUUUAAAAAGAUAUUUAAAUUUCCUGAUAUUUACGAUUCACUUUGGUGCUUAUUAAUCAUGUUAUGUAAAUGUUUGUAAAUAUUUGUUUUGUAUAAACAGAUAAUUUGUU